GUUACGGAAGUCAACAUGUCAGGGAAAGUGAAACAAGGUAACAAGACGACGAUGGACAAAAACGCAAACGACAAAGAAGACGCUGCAUUCAAAGACAGCGAUGCCAAUGAAAAACCUUUUCCCCAGUGGGACCUACUCACACAUGAACAGAUCAACGCGCUUCUGGAUUUGACUGUGGACGAAGUGCAAACACACAUUUUGGAGGCCCUUGGGCUGAAGAACUACCAGACCUGUCUGAAGGAGGUAGCCAUGGUGGACUACUAUGUAUGUGGCUUCAGGUGGGCCAAGGAGAUGAACUUCAGCUGCCACCAAGUCUCCUUUGUCAUGGCCGUUUUACAACUGCUCCUGGAUAACAUAAUAGAGAAGCAGAUGCCUUUUGUAGAGAAUUUCACUAAGUUUAACAGGGCAGUCGCCGCGUCUCUCCAGUCCCCUACAGAGGCUGAUGGCUGCCCAGUUCUGGAUGUAGACCAGGCCAUGGCACUCACUGAUCACCUCCAAUACAGUCUGUUCCAGAACUACCGGCUGUAUGAAUUUCUUUUCACUAACUCCAGAGAGGAACUCCUGCUCGGCAUGGAGAGGACCAUUGAAGUGAUCUGUUCUGAUGACGUAGUGGCGCCAUUGGAGGAGGGCAUGCCAGCUGACAUCUAUUUCCGCUUCCUGGCCCCGCCCCCUAUGGAGAAGCAAAAGGAGGAGGUGAGUAGUGGCCUGGAGGAGGGGCAGGAGGAGGAGCCAGGUGACACACAGUUCCAGGAUGGUGAAGAGCUGCCGAGCUAUAGCGUAGAGGACGUCAAAGAGGUGCUGGUAGAGAUGACCAGGGGCAUGCUGGGAAACCUCAAGGCUGAGUUCACAGAAAAGCUUCGAGUUCAGGAGAAGAACUACACUUCCAGACUGGACCAACUGAAAAACACUUAUAACCAACAAAUAUAUACAAAACAGUGGGAACAUUAAGAAUAGUUAGACAACAUAUUUGGUUUUGAGAGGUUAACUGACUGUAAUGUCAUGUUCAACAGUAUGAACGUAAUGUAUUUCAGGUUGACACAAAUUAUCUUAUUAACUGUUGUAUGACUCAAAGUGUCUUUUUUCAAUUUCAUCCCCUGACAAUUUACUGAAACCUUUAAGGUAUAACGGAAUAAAAAUCAAAAUCAUUAUGUAAAAAUAAAACCAUACUUGUUCAGUGAAUGAGAGAGAUAAAUCGCAUUAGGACUGAAGGUAUUUUAUAUAAUGACAACAGGGAGUCCAUUGCAGUCAUAAACUAUUUCAGUUAAAAUUCCAACACACUGCAACUCAAGAGCUUACUAGAGCUAAGCUAUGUACAGCAAAGGCAACCAUAUGCAUUUAUUAUCUAAGAUAAAUAUUAUCUUUCCUCAAACAUUUGAAUAAGUCUACUUCAUUAGAGUGAAAGACUACAGUAAAUGGACAUUGCCUCAGAGAAUGCUGAUUGAAUAUUGCAGGUUUGUUAUUUUUUUAGUUUGCUGUUCUCACUUAUAUUUGUGGUGUGUGUGUGUUUUGGCUUCCCAACAGAUUGAGUUCCUCAGAAUUCUUGGCAUCUCUGCAUGACAAAGAAACACUAUCUCAAACUACGUCAUCCACUUUGUUCUCUCCUUUUACACAGAAUAGAAACUAGAAAAGUUCACCACAUCUGCUUUCUUCGACUUUGACAAGAAAAAAAAAGUACAAUUUGUGGAUUGUUUUCUGAAUCCAGUGUUAUCGGUUUUAAUGAUUAAAGCUAUUGUCAGUAACAUUUACAAUAUGUAUUGCUUUCUACCAUAUCAUGAAAAAAUAGUUCAGAGCUUACUUCUUUGCCUACAACGUAAUGUUUUUUAAUGGCUUUAAGUAGCAACAGCCACCUGGAUUCUAUUUGCUUAGUUGUUUACUUUUGGUGUGGGGGAAGAGGUAUGCACAUGCACAAAUGGCUUAUACCUUUAACUGGAAAUUGUUAUCAUGUCACAGCCCUGGCUUUUCAAAGAGUAACUGGAAAAAAGAGUGCUGAAUGUUUUCUUGAAUUCCAGUUGAACGUGUCUGUACAACAUGUUGCUGAAAAGUGCUCCCUUUGUACCUCCAACUGAUUGAUAUAGUUCCUGCCAAGCCGAGCACAGAUUACCCUGUGUUUCACUGUUCUGUCACUGUUGAGGAAAUCUCCCACCCUCGUGUGGCCAAAAGACCACACUGCAGAUUGGUGAGUCAUAGUGUAUUUCCUGCACUUACUGUCUUUCUUUGAAGCACAGACACAUGUCCUGACAUUACAGAACAGGAAACCAACUGCUGUUUUUUGUGGUCACAGAAAAACUAUAUACGUCUCCCAGCUCCACUCUUACUUUCGAAAACACUCAACUGUAUCUCUGUGAAGGCUUAGUUGAUAAUGCUGCCAUGUUUACCAGUUUGACUCCUGGUAUUUAACACACGGCUGUGAUUAUGAAGUGAAUGAGUAUUUGCAAGUGUUUCCUUUCACAAUUUGUUUGACUCUUAGAUAAUGCUGUGAGGUGAAGGAUAAUUAAAUAAAAGUACAUU